CAUGUUCUUCUGAAGUGUUUUUUUAUUAAUUGCUAAUGUGAUCUUUUUACACCACAGACUGAACACAAUGAAGCAUUGGUUGGUCAUUAGUUCAGCUAAAUUGGUUGGAUCUAAUUGUGUUCUUAAAUGUUAAAUCAAGAUCAAGAUGAACGUGUUCUGACACGGUUUAACUCUGAGUUCUUCUCAUGUUUUAAUACCAUUUUCUAAACUACAGCGACUAAACUGUGGUGUUGAAGAUGUGUGUGUCUGUGAUGUUUGCGCAUGUCUAAGAUGUCCUGUGUUCUGUUAUACUGACUGUGUGUGUGUGUGUGUGUGUGUGUGUGUGUGUGUGUGUGUGUGUUGAGGAUGUGUGGUGUGUCAGUGCUGUUGGAUGACGGUGGAGGGGAUGAAGACUUUGACUCAGGUGAUGGGAUCCGGAUGCUGGCUCCUCCCCCUGCUCAGUGUGAGGGCGGGGUCUGGGGGUCGCGGCGGGGUCACUGCGGGUGUGUGCUGUGGACACUGCUGCUGAUGCUGUGGGACGUCCUGCUGCUGCUGGGGUGUGUGCUGCUGAUGCUCCUGAUCUUCAGCCUCAUCCUGCUGCCCACCGCCCUGCUGCUGUACACCGGCUUCCUGUGCCACACACGGGUCGUGGCCUCUCGGGCUGCUCUUUGUCUCUAUCUUGAUGACAACAGUUGCUCUGGUCUCAUCAUCCUGGGCUUUGUCAUGAUGUCGCCGCUGGUGGUGGUUGCUGCGGCGACGUUCUGCGCUCUUCUCAGGCGGCUCCACCUACUCUUAUAUUUUCAGCCAAUCAGAGAAGCUCAGUACCCAGGGCGGGGCUUGGGCUGGAGGCGGGACAUCCAUGCCUGGGUUUGACUGACAGACACGCCCACCAUUCAACACUAACAUCACGACACAUCGACGGCGUUACUGUAACUCUACAGAAACACAAUCAUGUAACUCGUGUAACACAACGUUUGUAAUAUAUCCCUGGAUGACCAAAAUCUAACCCAGGAAAAGUACUUUUUAUUCAUGACUGCGAAAUUGAUGCAAAGUUCAAGAAUAAGUGUUACUGUAUAUUUCAAUUGUAAAUGUGUUGCCUCAUUGCAUUUUUAUGACUACCUUAUUUCCGCGCAUGCUAGUUGCGUUAAGUCUGUUCGCGUGUGAUAUAUGGUGAUGCACUGUAUAAAACAUCACGCAAAUGUACAGCGUCGCUACAGAUAAACAUAUCUCCACGGUGUUACUGACUUAUGUAGAUGUAACACAGUGUAAGUGUCACCAGACUGACGUGUGUGUGUAAGUGUACUAGUCUAGAGAUGAGUUGACUGGCUUGUGUGGAGGUUGAUCUGAUGUGCAGAAUUGGGAAUAAACCGACUCAAAUCUA